AGGGCGCUCGAGGAUAAGACCCCUUCAUCAGUUGUGCAGUGGAGCUAGACACGCGGCAACAUGAAGACGGAGUACAUCCAGGCGCUGUCCAAACAGCGGCCCGCCCUGGUGAAUGAGAUGGACCCGUUACCCGUCAUCAGCACCAUGGUGAACAAGGGGCUGCUGAAGCAGCGCAUGGCAGACUACAUGCUGCCGGAGGACGUGCGCAGGCAACUCAACGAGAGAAUGAUCAACGCCCUCCCCCCACAAGGGGAACCGGCAUAUGACAUCCUGAGGGAUACACUGAAGGGCAGCGGACAGGGGUUCCUUGCAGACACCAUCGACAAGACAGAGAAAAAGACAAAAGGAACGACAGAGGAAGCUGUGACGGUGCACCGUAACCUCCUGCUGCAGAACAUGCAGCCCCUGCCGCUGUACCGCACACUGGUAGACUCAGGCAUGGUCAAAGAUGCUGAUGUGGAGGAGUUGUUGACAAAAGACAAGAAGAAGAAGUUGAAUGAGAAGCUUCUCACCUACCUGACAACCCGCAGUAACGAGGGUCACGAGGCGUUCCUCGGUGUUCUGCGGGAGUGCGGCCAGGGCAAGCAGGCAGACGGGCUGGACCAGGCGGCGUCCACGGCAGAGAAAAACACAGAACAUGCCAGCAACAGGAGUAGUUUUGCCCAACCUCAAGCGCAGAAAACUCCGACUAGCCAGCCGGCUAAGUCUCCCGCCCCAGCAACUAUCCGCAAGGAUACGAAACCUCCAUCCUCACAGCCUACCAAGCCUACCACUCCAGCGAACAUCCGUGAGGAUACUAAACCUUCUAAGAUGGACACAACCACCACCCUGACCAAACGGGAGGCUCCAACGAAAGACAAGUCUCCUUUAGCUCAGUCGGAACAAAAACCACCAGGUCCUGCGUCUCCUGAGACGAAACGAGCACGAUUAGAAGUAAAACCACAGACAAACCAAGAUGCAAGACGUUCAGUGAGCCCGGAGAAGUAUAACGUCAAGGAUUUCAAACCAGGGACUCGCAUACGGUGGCGCGAGACUCCGCAAAGUGCCUUGGGAAAGUGGGGACAGCAACUGGCAGCAUCACAAGAUGCGCCUCCAAGUAACAAACCAGGGCCAGGAGAGCAGACCUCAAAAGACGAGCCAAGCAAAGAAAGAGAAAGUCGUACCCAAGGAACCAGGAACGCUCCAAGCAGAGCUCCUGACAAGGCAGAGCCCACUUCCCUUAAGCCACAAGAUAAGAUCUCGUCCUCACCAGGGACGACCAGUCUUGGACCACCAGAGCGUGCACCACCGGCGUAUUCUCCUUCAUAUUCCAAACCAAGCAGUUCCACACCAAGCAGUUCCACACCAAGCAGUUCCACACCAAGCAAUUCCACACCAAGGAGUUACGCUCCAAGCAGUUCCACACCAAGUAGUUUCAAAGCAAGCUCUUCCGAACCAAGCAGUUCCAAGCCAAGCAGCUCCACUCCAAGCGGUUCCAAACCAAGUAGUUCCACACCAAGCAGUUCCGAACCAAGCAGCUCCCGAGUACAACCUGCGUCAGACUUGGAUGCCAGACUGGACAGGCUAUUUUCAAAACUGGACACCUUGGAAUCAUCGCUGACAAAGAAGCCUGAUGAAUCUCAUCCCCAAUCCUCCUCUCCUUUAAACAGACCAACAACAAAGGUCGAAGAGAAAACUCAUUCCUCAUACUCGUCGCCGUCGAAAGACAUGAAAGAUUCCCCCGUCCGAAUCUCUUCCCCGGCCUCUAGCAGGCGUGAAACAAGUCCUGGACAGGAUUCGUACCGAUCCCCCGACAACUGGAGUAAAAGCAGACCAGACGACUCUUUCAGUUCGUACACGUCAUCUGCUACAGAAACACCAAGUCGAACGCUGCCCGAUGAGUCGUUUGAUUCAUACCAAUCUCCAUCGUCCAACGCUUCUGACGACAGGCUUCCAAAAGAUUCUUUCCAGUCACCUCUGUCUUCAACGACGGGUACACCAAGCGAGAAAAGGCAAGAGGUCAGCUCCGUUUAUUCUCCUGACAGGUCGACUUCCAGUUUAUACUCGAAGCCUUUCUCCCCUCGGACACCUGUUGACGAUAGCCCAAACAAGACGGGAGAUUCCUUCCAUCAUACCCCUACUGGCCAAAGUUCGAAAAAGACAGAAGAGCCUUUCAGCCGGGAGCGGCCGAAGACUACAGAUACGCGAACUGAAAGGACGCCGGAAGACUCCUCACCCGCCCGAGAUACUGGUACGCAGCCCUUUCUCUCUCCACAAGAUGAAAAGCGUUACAUCGAGAAGAAUAUGGACCAAGCUGCUGAAAAGUUGGAGGCUAAGCUAGGUGAAGUAGCACCCACGUUCAAGAGUUCGUACAGCACUACUAUCAGCUCCCCUUCUAAGACUAAACCUCCAGAGAAGCCGGCACGAUCUAGCACUCCCAAAGUGCCGUACGAAAAAGUCCGUAUCGAGAAGAAAGAUGACGAACCAGUCUUUAAACCAUGGAACAAGAGUAGUUCUGCAGAAGUGACUAAAGAGACCACAGAAGAUCCAGCCUCUCCCACUUACGACCGUCCACACAGACAAGAGACUCCUGUUGCAAACAUGCAUAAUACACCGGUACAGCCAACGCCAGCGGAUGAGACGAAAUCUUCCCCAAGUGUCCAUUUCAGUGAUCCGCUCAUAAGUGAACCCAUCUAUGACGUCCCACGCGACUGGGAGCAGAACGAGAGACAGGAAGGCACGGCCGAGGAUUCUGCCCCCCCGCCGCUACCCGAGCGGACUUCGCCGUCACCGACAAAGAAAACUUCGUCUUUUACUGACUUGUUCAAGAGGAAGGACAAACAAGACGAGAAAGGCCAACCUGACAAAAAGGAGAAAGGCGACAAUGAUGACGAGAAGAAACGUAAAUGGGUAGCCAUGUUUGUCGAAGCUAUAAAGACGAAGAAGAAAGACGACAGCACUGACACCAAGGGCGUGUUAAGCGACUCCGAAGAGGAGACAGAUAAAGAACGAGCUGAUGUUGACGAAGGAAAAAAAGAGAAGAGAGGAGGUUGGGUGCGAGAUGUCGUUGAAAGAAUGAAGCAGAGCAAAUCUGACGACGAACUAGACACUGUUCCGGAGGUGACAUCCGACGAAGAGCGCGCCGCCAGAAAGGACGAGCAGCAAAAAGUAACGGAUAAGGUAAAGGAAGGCGCUAAGAAGGCUGCAACAAGAACUAAAGACACGGCCGAUAAAGCGGUAGAGGCAACCAAAGAAGGGGCCAACAGAGCUGCUCACGCCGCCUCAGAGAGCUGGAAGCAGCUGAUAGCUGGGAUGAAGGGGCGGGACGAGAAGAGGGAACAAAGCGGUGAUCAAAAGAAGAUGCGAGAAGAGAAAGACCAUAAAAGCGGUGUCACAAAGGGACCAGAAAAGACGAAUGAACACCGUGACGAUUCACUGCCAGAAACAGUUGUCGUAACAGAAGACGAAGCUGGCAAUGUCACCAUUGAGUCUGACGUUAGCGACGACCUUGACAUAGACGCUGACCUUGAACCGAAACAACAAGAGAAAAGCGGGUGGAAACUACCUGACUGGAGUCUACGAUCACCCAAGUUGGGCCGCAAGAAGGAGCAGGAGUAUGACGUGGACAUGGAGUCUCCCGUGGAAUCUGAAACCGUUAAAGAGAAAGAUGACGACAAGAAAGGUUGGAAACUUCCCAACAUUCCCGACAUCCAUCUCAAGAGUCCGGACUGGAAGUUCAGACGGGAUAAAGCCUCGGGAAGCACAUCUGAGGAUGAGACGCUAGACAAGGCCAAUGAAAAGAGAACUGGAAGAAAAGGGUGGAAGGAAUUCUUCAGCACCCCGGACAUAAGGAGUCCCGACUGGAUGAAGAGAGACAGAAGUCCUCAUCGUGAUACAGACCCUGCUAAAGAACAGCCCAAGAAAGAGGAAGAAGAAAAGAAAGGAUGGAAUUUUCCCAGCGUCAAUAUCAAAUCCCCGGACUGGAGUUUUGGACGGGAUAAAAGUCCCGGGCGUUCAUCUGUGUCCGCGUCUCAGGAAGACAUCAUGGAGCCAGAGGAGAAAAAGGAGAAAAGAAGAUCCAAACCGGCAGAUGAGAAGACUGAAACAAAGGAGGAAGCCAAAGAAGAAAACCAGAAGAAAUGGAGAAUGCCUGAGGUACAUGCACCUAACAUAAACUUCAAAUCCCCCGAUUGGUUUGGGAAAGAAGAGACACUAGAAAGGGCACCAGAGACAGAAUCGUCCCAGAAAAUUGAGGAACCACAGGAAGAAAAGGAAAAGAAAUGGAAAAUGCCAGAGUUCAAUGCACUCCCUGACUGGAAGAUACGACGGGAUAAAAGUCAGGAAAAGGUGGAAGACCCUGGCACUUCAGAUACCGUGGAAGAGAAAGGGGAACCAAAAGAAGAAACAAAUAAAAAGUGGAAGAUGCCGGAAUUCCAUGCACCUGACAUUAAAAUACCUGACUCAUGGAAGAUAAGACGAGAUAAAAGUCAGGAAAGGGCAGAAGACACCGAAUCUUCCGAAACAGAGAAAGAAGGAAAGGAUCCAAAAGAGGAAAAGGGCAAGAAGUGGAAGAUGCCGGAAUUCCAUGCACCUGACAUCAAAAUGCCUGACUUGAAAAUAAGACGAGGUAAAAGUCAAGAAAAGGUGGAUGACACCGAAUCUUCAGAAGCAGUGGAAGAAAAGAAGGAACCAGAGGAAGGAAAGGACAAGAAGUGGAAGAUGCCGGAAUUCCACGCACCUGACUUUAAAAUGCCUGACUUGAAAAUAAGACGAGGUAAAAGUCAAGAAAAGGUGGAUGACACCGAAUCUUCAGAAGCAGUGGAAGAAAAGAAGGAACCAGAGGAAGGAAGGGACAAGAAGUGGAAGAUGCCGGAAUUCCACGCACCUGACUUUAAAAUGCCUGACUUGAAAAUAGGAAGAAAUAAAAGCCAGGAAAAGGUGGAUGACACUGAACCGUCAGAAACAGUGAAGGAAAAGAAAGAACCGGAGGAAGGAAAGGACAAGAAGUGGAAGAUGCCACAAUUCAAUGCACCUGACUUCAAAAUGCCUGACUGGAAACGAAACAGAAGUCAAGAAAAUGUGGAAGAGACUCAGUCUUCUCAAGAACUUAACAAGCCAGACGACGAAAAGGAAUUAGAUGGCGAUAAAGAUAAGUGGAAGUUCCCUGACUUCCGUGCACCAGAUAUCAAAGCCCCCGACUGGAAAAUACGAAGAGAUAAGAGUGAAGAGAGAAAGCAGGGGGCUGAGGCUCCACAGGAUAGCAAGGAGCCGGAAGACAAAAAGGACACUAAAAAGUGGAAGAUGCCUGAGUUUCAUGCACCUGACCUGAACUUUAGAAGAGAUAAGAGUCCUGACAGACAGAAAGCACAAGAACAUCCGACAGAAAUCAACGGCGUGGAGGAGGAUGAAGAUAAGGACAAGAGGAAGUGGAAGUUCCCGGAGUUUCGUGCCCCUGACCUCAAGGGUCCAGACUGGAAAUAUGGGAGAGAGAAGAGUUCAGAGGAAACAUCUGAAGCUGAAAUGACAAAUGGAGAGCAGGAACCUAAAGUUGAGCCGAAGAAGAAAAAGAAACAGACAAAGACCUGGAGUGUUCCUGAUAUCAACCUGAGGGCCCCAGACUGGAAGUUCGGCUCGAGGGACGACAAACAGCGUGCCUCUGAUGAGCCUAAGGAGAAGAGGAAGUGGAACCUUCCCACCAUGAGGGCACCGAGCUUAAACCUGAGGGCUCCAGGCACGAAGCCAUCUGAUGAAGACUGGCCGAUGCUGGCCCGGAGUAGGCGGGGAAGAGAUGUUGAUGAUGUAGAGAAGGCGAUAUACAUCGACAGGAGGCCGAGAGAGUUCGAAGAUGUAACGCUGAGUUCUGCAGACGAAGUGAACGCCAGCACUGAGAACGGGAGUGAGGAUUCGAGGUCUGCUGAGUUGCCCCAGCCGGUAGCAGAUGACAUCAAAAUUGCAGCUCAACGUCUUCAGAGUACGGAAAGGCUACUGAAGAUGCUGCAGAACAUGUCGGACAAGGCCAUCAACCAUGCAGUCAAGUGCGAGCCGCUGGAGGACAAGGGACAGCGGGACUUGGCGGACUCCAUGUCUGAUCUGCGGCCUGAGGAACUAACACGGAAAGACAAUCUCCAGUUGCUGGAUAAGAUGUCUGAGGAGCUGAUGUACCUGUACAAGCACAAGGACGUUCCCACCAGUCCCGUGCCGUGGUGUAUGGGCUUCAGUGUCACCAUGAGGGACGUCUACACCACCCUCAUGCUGCACGCCAUCUCCAUGAAGGCGUCCCUGGGGGAUCUGGACAAGAUUCUCAAGCUCUACAGAGAAGAACUAGAUACCGCUAUUAAAGAAGAGCAAGCAGCACAAUCGAAGCAAAAGAGGAAAAAGAAGAAGACAAAACCAUCAUCAAAGUCAAAACACUUGGAGAGAAUGAAAGACGAGGAAGAAAAACGAUUGAAGAAGAAGGGAAAGAAGAGUGGUAGAUCAGCACCGAAGUCCAAAGACACUGAGAGGACUGACUACUACGGACGGGACCCUAGCUUUGAUGUGGAAUUCUAAGAUCAUACAUAUAGUUUAUGUUAACAACAGUGAAACCUAAGAGCAGUUAUCCUACAUGUAUAUGCUUAAAGCAGGUUUUACCUACAUCAUGUUCCAAGAUAAACAAAACAAAAAUUAACUGCUAGUUUAGAAAGAUUUACCUUACCUUACAGAUUAAGACAGGUUAACUUCCACUCUGUAAAAAAGCAAGCACAAAAUGCAUGGAACACCAGCUCUAUUCUAUGGGUUAAUGGUCAAAUAUGUUCAUCACUUGUUGAUCAAGAGCCAUCAGAGUAUGAUGCUUUCUUGUGAUCACAAGAUUUUGUAACAAGGUGUAUUGUCUAAUGCCUUAAGAUGUUUCAAACAUUAUUGGUUUAAAAGUAAUGAAACGGUGUAUCUAACAGCCAUCUGUAGAGGUAUCUAUAUAGCCAGUAUAACUGUCCUUUGGCGUAACAAACCAGCAUCCCAUUUCUUUAUUGUAUGAGACGGGCAGAAUCAUAUAAUUUUCUUCUUUCACUGCUGUAAAUUGAUUUAAGUAUACAGGGCUUACACCUUGCAGGAGGGGAGGUGGGAUCGGCAGCAGUUGAAAUUCAUGGUUAAAAAACUAUAACAAUAUAACGCAAGGCAGAGCAUAUGUUUAAAGUGUGGUGGGUGGCUCACUAAAAUAGAACCACGGCAAGUGUUUCACAAUUUACAGUACUAAGUAUUCUGGCAUUGAGCUUUCAAAGGAUGAAAACCUGUAACACAUGCAGACAAAGUGAAAGGGGGUAUUCUACCAUAUAGUAUUGACAUGUGAUUGUGCUGCUACAACUGACUCAUAAUAGUCAAAGUGUGAGGGGGAAUGAGGGGAAAGGAAGAAAACUAUAUUUUGUAACUACUGCUGAGGACAUGACUUCUGCGCAAGACGACAAUGUUUUGAAUCAGACUGGGUUUGGUAUAGCAAGGGAUAUAAGUGGAUAUGGGUCAAUCUGGUCCAAGAGUAGGCAUGACGCAAGUGUUUCCUUACCAAUUCAUUUAUCCAGAUAACACAUAUUUCAAACCCAGCUUUUUAAACUCUGGCCACCCUUUAUAAAUAAUGGAAGUUACCCUGAUUCUGGUCUCUUGAAAAUUAAAAAAAAGAACAUUUUAUAUAAAUAUUUAAAUAGAAGUAAUGAUACCUUUCUAUUCAGUCCCUGACAGCCUUGAGAGUAACCCAGAAAGUUUUAUAUUAAUUUCUUCCAGUCUGAGAUGAUGCACUUACCCAAUACUAUUUGUAUUUCAGACAGUAUAAAGGCUGAUGUACUGCCUACCUACCUACUUGACUACUGAUGUAUUAUUUGACUUAUGUAAAGGAAAGUUGGAAAAUAAAGGUUAUCGUGGUGAAAAUAAAA